AUGGCGGACCAGGUCGUCCCUGACUUCAAAUAUAUCUCCCAGAACGCCGUAUGGACUCUUGUGCACUUUCCAAAGGGCAGCAUUGAGUACGACUUCGCUGCUAGAGUUUACACGGCGAUGCAUAAACAAGCCCAAAUGCGAGCUCCACCGCUACCCUCUGCGACUUCAUAUCCGCCUCCGGUACCACGUCAAGCUUCUACCCCAGCUCAGCCCGUGACUGCGGCUUCCCGUCAAGAGACAUCCCAUCAUGACCACACCCUCACACCCGAAGGAUCACCCCAGGAUGACGCUCCAGGUCAGCUUGCGGGUCAGAUCUCGCCGCUCUUGGAUCACCAGCAAGAGCCGGAGCAGGACGAUCAUCGUCUUGAGCUGAUACAAAGGUUCCCCAAGCCAUGCUGGAUGAAAGAUCAAGCCGUCAUCUUCAACAUCGACAUCGACAAUAUCUUCAAUCACUUCCCCAACACUGUUGAAAAUGGGAAGUUCACCAAGAUGUCGGUAAACGACUUCUCGCCCAAUGACGAUGGAAUCUACACCAACGCUUACCUCAUCUCGUUUGUACCUCCCAAAGGUAGGGUUGAGCCGCCGCAGGAUGAGCAUGACAAGGUGGUCAUCACCUUCUACCUAACGGAAGCUAUUCUCAACAUCGAUGGGGUUCAUGACAACGAGAGGAGCGCGCUCAUGACGUCUCACUGGGUGGAGGGCUCGGCGUCGAUGUUUCCGCGCUGGCAGGUUGAAGUCAUCUCGCGGGAGGUCCUGGAUGCCGCCAUCAAGAUCCACGAGAAGGGCUUCCACGAACCCAUUUUUGACCGCUUGCUCCGCGAUAAGAUCAACCCCGAGCUCACAUUCGAUGAGCGCAUCAACGCUCUCCUCGUGCUCUUCUCCAAGUGGAAGUCCGUCUGCGAGAACAUCAUGAAGAACGAGAAGAUCAUGGCGUAUGUUGCGGGACCUGUCGCAUACUACAGGAUUACCCACAAUAACCAGCGCAACAACAACACCCGUAGGAAGACACAGGAGAAGUACAAGGCUGCCUCGGAGUUCCUAGGCAACCUCAAUGCUGGUGCUACUCCACCACCCCAAGCCUUACCCGCUCCAACUGCAAAGGCCCCCGUCGUACCCAAGAAGCGCAGCGCUACCUCACGGCCGGUUGUCCCUCCUGCGAAACGUCAGGCUUCAGGUCCGCCUACCAACCCGGCUACGAAGAGCAGUGCCCCUACACGAGCAAAUCUUGCGACAGCUCCUCCGGGCCCUACCUCCGCUCGUUCGAACUCGACGCCUUCAUUGCCACUCUUCUCAUCCCACCAAGUCCAUCAAGCCGAACGCCUGGCAAAGCAUCAGUCCUCACCCCCCGCUCCUCUCCAAGUCUCCACCGCCAAGCCUGUCGCAGCUACCGCAUCCUCGCCUCAAGAAGCCAUCGUCAUCUCGUCCGCCAGCUCAUCUCCAUCGCCGACUUCUAACCCGCCACUCAAGACCAAGACUAAGACCAAGGCCACCAAGACCACAAUCCCACCUCUCAAUUUCGAAGAGAUGGUAGCCACAGGCAAGAACAUCCCCGGUCUACCUCCGGUUGGCGCAUUCGCCGCGCCACAGGUACGCAAGACCACACCCUCUCCUGCAGACAAGAGCAUCAAGGUUGAAGAGACCGACGCCACCGGCGGCAAGCCAGACAGCAUCUACGAUAGCGGGGCCGAGGCUGAGAGCGCUAGGGUUGAGGACGGUGGCAUGGGCACUCACUACGGUUCGCCAAUCCCUAAAUUAGGGAAAUUUUCCGAAAACUGCCUCUAA